AUGGCAGUAGCAGAGGAAGAAGAAGAGUUCUAUGAGAGGAUCGACGCUCCAAAGUUCGUCGAUUUCACCAUCCCUGACCGCUCUCGCCCGGAUCAGAAGUCUUGGUUCUGUGCUCGAAUCGGUUGUGACCAGAAUCAUGAAGAAGUAGAUCCUGCCGAGCUUAAAAGAAAUUUCAUGCUCCGGGUUAUGGCAGCAAGAAGCCCAAAUCUAAGGUUUCAGAGAGCAUUGAACAAGCAAGGUUCAAGAACAAACACGAAGUGCCCACAAUCCGCCCCAGCUAAAUCAAUCAAGAAUGGAAUUUCAAGAAUGAGGAACAUGAAUUCAAUCUCAGAAAAAAGCACUGUGGCCAAGCUAAAGCAACAUCCAAUAGCUAGCUUGAGAGAGACUCCGAUUCAGAAGAAAGCAAAAGUGCAUACAUUGACAAGUGAGAAGGAGGAACAAACAACAACAGGCAACAACAAAUCACAGGCCAAAUAUCUGAAGGCAUCUGAUAAUCUGUUGGUGUCGAAGGAUAGAAAUUUAGUCAAGGCUCUCUUCUCCCACACUCCAAAGAAGGGAACUGGAUCAAGCAAAUCUCCAAUUUCAGAUAUUUGUUCUGACAUGAAGAAGAAGAUUAAUUUAGGUCAUGGGAGAAAGGGUAUGACCAAUUGUUCUUGUGCAGUGAAAUCAAAUAAAUGCAAGGGAUCUUCUAUUUCAUCAAGAAAGUCCAGCGCACUUGGUUCAAAGAAUAAAGACCACAGCAUCCUUAAAGAAGCUGAACACAACGAGCUGAGAGAUGUUCAGAUUCGUGGAAGAAGUAAUGGUUCAGACCAUGUCGAAGAGAAGAAUACUAAUUUGGUAAAUCCAAUUGGUAAAGAGUAUCAUGCUAUUAUGGACUCUAAAAUUGAUCAGAUCGAUGCUGAAGUAACAGUCAAGCCUUGUAAAGAUGAAGCACAAUAUAUAGAUCUGAACGUUUCCAGUGGAGUAGGCAGUGAGAUUAAAACUGCUUGUAAUGAUACGAACGAUGAUGAUAAGGAGAACAAUUUGUGCACUUUUGAAAAUAAAAAUAUACACCCAAAUGCAGCAACUUCUGAGGCAAAGAGCUUCCAGUUUGAGAACUCAAAUCCUCAGGAAGCUAAAGUUCAAAACAAAACAUUCCAGGUAGUAAAGCUCAAGAGGACAACAAACCCCAAACCUUUCAGAUUAAGAACUGGUGAAAGGGGAAUUCUUAAAGAGGCAAAUUUAGAAAGAAGGCUCCAAGUUGAAUCCAAGAAAGAACGUGCAUCACUACUCAAGCAUCUAGAUGGGAUUCAGAUACAAGAGACACAUUCUCAAGCCAAGUUGAUCAGAUUCCCAGAAGCCAAGCUUGCCAAAACUAUACAGACUCGCAAGGUAAAUCAAAUUACAGGAAUUUUCGUUAAAGCUGGUUUUUUGGUUGUUUUUAAUGAUUAA